AGGGAAAUGAAAUUGUUAGGUAUAAUAAAUUGAGAACACUCCGAUGUGACACACAAAAUUAACAAAAGUGGCCACCAAAUUCCCUUUUCCUCUUCCUCACCCAUUUCCCAAACCUUCUCUUCCUCAUUUCAUUUAUAUAUAUAUAUCACACAUUAACACGUUGUGUCACAUUUUCAUAUAAUUUAGAUGCCGCCAUUGACUUCAAGUUGGCUGGAAUUGGGUAUCUUAUCUCUCUCAGUCAACAACACAUAAAACACAAAUCAAUCGAAUUCAAAACCUUCAUAUUUAUCUCUCUGUUUUUCUUCCUCCUUCUCCCUUCUUCUUCUUCUUCUUCUUCUUCUUCCCUCUUCCACAUGACCUCUCAAUCUUUGUUUUUCGUUAAUCAUGUCUUCAUCUAUUUCAUUCUCCUCUCCCACGUCUCCCUCACCGCCGCUCAAUCCGGAGCCCCUCCAGAUAUGUACCCUUUCAAACAGACCAUCAGCAAACGAAUGGCUGUCGUUUUGAUUGUUCUUGUGUGCUUCUUCAUCGUCGUUGCCGUUCUCUCCGUCUACACCCGCCAGUGCACCGAACAACGCUUCGGCGGCCGUCUCCUCCUCCCUGCUCCUCUAGAUGGUACCAACGCCCGAUCCAGAAGAGCAGCGCGUGGCCUCGACGCCGCUGUUAUAGCUACUUUCCCCACCUUUGUAUACUCCAACGUCAAGGAUCUUAAAAUCGGGAAAGGCUCGUUGGAGUGCGCCAUUUGCUUAUCUGAAUUCGGAGAUGAUGACACGUUGCGUUUGUUGCCGAAAUGCAGCCAUGUCUUCCACUCGGAUUGUAUCGAUGCUUGGUUGGUCUCUCACUCCACCUGCCCUGUUUGCCGUGCUAGCCUUGUCCCCAAACCCGGCGAUAUAUCCUUCGCUGCUCUGCUCAAUUCCGAUUCAGGAAUCGACGGUAAUGGACGGGAUGAAGGAAAUCGAGGGACUGGAUCGGAAAAUAAUCAGGUGGUUGUUCAAAUUCCGGAAGAAAAUCAGGGUCAGGAUGUGAAUUUGAUAACCCCAAAUCAAGGAUUGAAUCAAAGUCGUUCAAUUCGGUCACGAUCGUCGGGAUGGAGAUUGAGUGGAUUGUUUCCUCGGUCUCACUCGACCGGUCACUCUCUGGUUCAACGGGGAAUGGAUUACGAGAGGUAUACGCUGAGAUUGCCGGAGGAGGUGAGAAGUGAGCUGUUGAAUUCGAAUUUGAAUAGGGCGAGGAGCUGCGUGGCGUUCCAAAGGAUGCAGAGUUCGAGACAGGGGUACCGGAAUGAGUUGGGAAAGAAUGGGUCUGUGGGAAAUCGGAGCAGGAGUGGGCGGCCGGAGUGGCGGACAUUAUUAGCAGCAGCGCCGUUGUUGAAAAGGGAGGGAUCGAGAAAGGGUGUGAAUGGAGAUGAGGGUGGACGGCCGUUCGCACGGUUGCGGCCUGAUGGUGAUGGUCAAAGUCAACAAUAACGUAGCCGGCUCACUAUUGUGGGUUCUCAACAAUUGGGCCGAUUUGGGCUUUUGUGUAUGUUUUUUCUUUUUUUCUUUUUUCUUUUUAAAAAAAGGUAGAAUAUUAUAUUGGGAAAAAGGGUAAAAGGGUGGAAAGGUAUUGGUUGAGAGAUUGAUGAUUCAAUUUGAUUGGCGCAUGGCAGAGACCACAAUGUAUAGAGGAAGCAUUUCCCUUUUCUUUUUCUAUUCGUUUUUUGGUGGGGAUUGGGAAAGUGUUAGAUCUUUUGUUAAUAAAUUAGGAAAAAGUAUUUACAUGAUGAUGUACAAAAUUAAUGGUUAUUUUGUAAAUAAUGUACACAUAAAAAAUAACUCAUGUAAAACCUUACAUUAUUCUAGAUUUGGUUUGAGUAUGA